CAAUAUAAACUUAAACAUCAAUUGUUGUUGAACUGUAAAUGUAAUAAAGUUAUACCCUACAGUUGUUUCAUAGUGUCUUGACAAAAAUAAGUACAUACUUAUUUCAUUGAUUAUUGGGCGAAUACCAGUAAUGUUUCACCCGAGGAAUAUAAUUUAUUUAUUAGGUUUUGUAUCGUUUGUAUAUGCCGGGACAAGUUCGUCUGUGAUGUGUCCGGAUGAAAAGAAGCACGUGCUGGAUUGUGAGCAGACGAUAAUUGGUGUGGUGGACGCGCAACUGGAACCGUAUGGUCAAACAUUUAGUACUACCAAUCUUGACAACAAUACAGAAAGUGAGCUGCUGGACGAGAAGACCAGGGAUGUCGUCUGCAGUACGGCAAACGCCGAAUACGUGUCAUGUAUGGUUGGCAAUAUAAGCGCGUGCCCGGAACUUGCAGCAGACGACGAUAUUGUGUCAACGUGGAUUGCUUCAUUGAUAGCUCCACAUCUUGAUGUUUUAAACUCUGUUGAUCGUGUUUGUGAAUUUUUCGAAGAAUCUGUAUGCAGCUACCGAGAAAUUAGACUCAGCAUGUGUUAUUUGUCCAUAGUUGGUGACACAGUGACCUUGAAUCAGAAAGUCGACAUGUGCUCAUCUGGUAAAAUGGACAAAUUAACGUGUAUGAUAGAUAUUUAUAAAGAAUGUAAACCUUAUCUUAACCUAACAUCAAACGGUAUAAUAGCGGCGAAUAUCAGAGACCACAUGGUUAAUGACAACUGGGAUAUGUUCAGCACAGGAACAGAACUUUGUGGUUGUUACGAGGCAGACACGUGCUUUUCCAAAUUAGACCAAGAAAUAACCAGUAUUGGUACAACGAUCAACAGCACAGUUAGAGAGAGAAUGAUUCAUAUCGUUGUACAGGGUGAACUUCUUUGCAGUAAUGUCACACUUGUUCAGUGUUUAAAGAAGGGUACACCACGUGCGUGUUCGAAUAUUAUACAAAACUUCAAUGAUACUCGUGCAAAGAUUGAAGUAUACUCAGCCGAGGUUGACCAAAUAUGUAAAAUAAUCAAUACCAAAGAAUUUAAGAGAAACAAGCCGUGUGUUAUUAAUCAGUUAACAGAAACAUACUAUCCAUGCGUUGAGAGAGAAAAAAUACCUGCCAAUAUUUAUAAUUGUCGAGACUUGCAGAAACUUUUCAAGUGUGUCGGUGAUGCCUUAAAUGGAAAAUGCAAUGGUGACUACACUAACACAGUGUAUGGAAUAAUAAAGACUUCGUUUAAUGACGUCAUUGACUGUGACAUCACUAGCACCGCUUUUGUCAUUUAUCCAAAUUACACUGUUUUGUUAAUAUUACUGUUUGUAUAUCAAUGUUUGUUUCAGUGUGCUUACAUCAACAGUUGAAAUAUAUAAAUGUUCUCAUGAGAUAAUAUUUACAUGACAGGUCAGGUGUAUCAUUGAUGCUUCGCUUGAUGUAAUUAACUGUUCCUAUGAGGUGAAUUUUAAAAAUAGAAACUCGAUUAUUUAAAGUGAAAUUGUCUCUAAUGGAAUGUCUUUAAUACAAUGAAUAGCCUUGUUAAAUUGAAAGUAGUUAGCAUCAGACAUAACAACAAAAUACAAAACAAUUAUAUAUGGAUUGUUGGCAAAUAUGAGAUAGGCCCCUACAUAAUCUGAUAUUACAGAUAUACUUACAUACAAGAUAAUAGCUCUAUACUGUAUGGUUCUAUAGAACGAAAUGUUAUUAUUCCUGAUAUGAUGAAAAAUUAAUACUUAAGCACUUGGAACUUUAAGAUUUUUUUUUCAAGCAAUCUUUUAUUAGAAUAUCUGUUUCUUUUGUUUCUAUCAAUAUUUGAAAUUUUUUUGGAAAAUGUGCCCAUUGAAGACCAAUCCACUUUAAUGAUCAAUUUUGUAUCCGAGAACAGCAUAAUCAAAUUUUCACGAUCUAAUUUUAUUACCACAAAAUUAAUUUUUUUUAGCAUGUAGUAAUUUAUUUUGGAAUCAGCAGACUGGUUGCAAAGAAUACCGUGGAUUGUAAUUAUACUGAAAGAGGCAUAGUGUAUGAAAAUCUAUACAAAAAAAAUGUAUUAAUUUUCAUUAUUUAUUUCCAGAUCUAAUAUAUAGAUUUGUUUUGAUAAGUUUUUUAAUGUCUAACGCAAUUUUUAUUUCUAUUUUUCAUAUUGCUUGAAAUAAGGUGUUGUUUGUUGAAAUAAAGGUUUGUUUUGUUGAAAUAAUGCUUUGUAUUGUUUAAAUGAUUUGUUGUUUUUAUGAAACAAUGCAUUGUCUUGUUGAAAUAAUGCAUGGUUUUAUGAAAUAAUACGUUGUUUUGAUGAAAGAAUGCGUUGUUUUAAUGAAACACUGCGUUGUUUUGUUGAAAUAA